AUGGACAGCGGUGACACCAUCACCGAGGAGGUCUGCAGGGAGGACGAUGUGCUUCUGUGCCCACCUCUGCACCUCUCCCCCAGGCUCCUGGAGGUGACGGUGGCCGGGUGCCCAGUGCUGCUGGUGAGGAACAGGAGGGAAUUCCGAGCUCUCAGCAGCAAAUGUCCCCACUACGGUGCCCCGCUGAGCAAAGGGGUGUUGAGAGGGGAGAGGCUGCGCUGCCCCUGGCAUGGGGCCUGCUUUAACAUCAGGACUGGAGACAUUGAGGAAUACCCUGCUCUGGACUGUCUCUCCUGUUUUAAGGUAACAGUGGAAGAUGGAAAGGUGUUCAUUACAGCAAAAAAGAAGGACCUGGAAAGCAGCCUGAGGGUGAAGGACACAAGCAGGAGGUGCCUCCUCAACAAGAACACGAUGCUGCUGCUGGGGGGAGGUGUGGCUGCCCUGGUGUGUGCAGAGACGCUUCGCCAGGAGGGGUUCACUGGCAGGAUCAUCCUGGCCACCAACGAGAAACACGUUCCCUACGACAAGUCCAAGCUGAGCAAGGAAAUGAACUUGAAAGCUGAGGAUGUCUACCUAAGGAAACCUGAAUUCCUCGAGGCUCGGGGCAUAGAGUUCUGGACAGAGAAAGAGGCAGUGUCAGUGGAUUUCCAGGAGCAGAAGGUUCAUUUCAUGGAUGGGUCCUCUCAGGAGUACCACCAGCUGCUGAUUGCAACAGGCAGCCACUCUGGUGUCCUCAAAGUGCCAGGUGCAGACCUGCAGAACAUAUGCACACUCCAAACCCCUGAAGAGUCCAGCAAGAUCUUGGAGCUGGCAACUGGGAAGAAUCUGGUGGUUGUAGGAGCUUCAUUCAUAGGAAUGGAGGUGGCUGCCUUCCUCUCAGACAAGGCUGGAAGCAUCUCAGUGGUGGAAAGAGAGGAGUUCCCUUUCCAGCACGCCCUGGGUCCUCAGGUUGGAGGUGUUGCCAUGAAGAUGCUGCAAAAUAAAGGGGUGAAGUUCCACAUGAAAACAGAACUGUGUGAGCUGAAAGGAAAGGAUGGAAAGGUCACAGAGGCUGUCCUUGCCAACGGAAAGAAGCUCCCUGCAGAUGUGGUGGUGGUGGGAAUAGGGUCCACCCCCAACUCGGCAUUUCUGAAGGGCACCUCCCUUGCCAGGGAUGACAAAGGUGCCAUCCUGGUCGAUCUGCACAUGCAAACCAACAUCCCCAAGGUCUUCGCUGCGGGGGACGUGGUCACCUUCCCAGUGGCUCUGCUGGGUGGGGACAGGUCCAGCAUCCAGCACCAACAAGUGGCUGAGGCCCAUGGUCACUGUGCUGCUCUGAACAUGCUGAGGAGAGGGGAGGAGCUGCACACUGUUCCUUACUUCUGGACCACAAUGCUUGGGAAAAGCAUCCGCUACGCAGGCUGUGGGAAGGGAUACACAGACACUGUUGUGAAGGGCAGCCUGGAGCAACAGAAAUUCCUGAUCUUUUACAUCAGGGAUGGCUGUGUGACUGCAGCUGCCAGCCUGAACUGUGACCCCAUGGUGUCUCUGAUUGCAGAAGUUUUGUACUUGGGGAAACAAAUCUCCAAAGAAGAAGCAGAGGCCUGCGACAUCGGCAACAUCCCCUCGCUGGCACAAAGCUGA